AUGGUUCACCUUGUUUUUAUCACGUUCCUUACGUAUUAUCUAUCCAUCGUAGGAGCCUCCCUUUACGUGGGGUUCCCCUUCUCAGAGCAACUUCCAGACGUUGCCAGAGUAGAUGAAGACUACAAUUUCCAAAUGGCCAACAUCACCUAUAAGUCUACAGGUGGUUCGGUUUCAUACUCAGCCACCAAUUUGCCGGACUGGCUAUCUUUCGAUGAACUGACUAGAACUUUCUCUGGUGUCCCUUCCAGUGGAGAUGUUUCUAGUUCAGUCAGCAUCACUUUAACAGGUGUAGAUUCGGCUGAUGGAUCCACCAUAUCUAAUAAUUAUACCAUAAUAGUAUCAUCAGAACCAGGUUUGGCAUUAUCAUCAAACGACGUCAUGUUUACUGAAAUUUCUCAGUAUGGCCGUACCAAUGGUGAAAAUGGGCUCGUUGUCAACGCAGGUCAAACAUUUGAUAUCAAGUUUGACUCUUCAACCUUCAAAUUGGACAAGAAUUCCACUCGUGAGAUAGUAGCCUACUACGGGAGACUGAUAGAUAGACUGUCGUUACCCAAUUGGAUAAGAUUCGAUGAAGAUGAGUUAUCAUUUUCAGGAACCGUCCCAACGGUUACCUCGGAUAUCGCUCCAUCCAUUGACUAUGGUUUUUCGUUCAUUGCUACUGAUUACGAAGGCUACGCUGGUGCAGUUGGAAAUUUUUACUUGGUUGUAGGAGCCCACGAGUUAUCUACAAAUCUCAACGAGUCAAUCAAGAUCAAUGGUACCUUGAACACCGAUUUCGAUGUUACUGUACCUAUUUUUACUUCUGUUUACCAGGAUGGGGUUCUCAUUUCCCAGGAGAAUAUCUCCUCUGUGUACUCGGAUAGUUUGCCAGAUUAUGUGACCUUGAACACUGGAAACUAUUCCUUAACCGGUGUAUUCCCGGAGACUUCCCAGUACGAAAAUUUCACAAUCAUAGUGGAAGACAAAUACGGUAAUUCAAUCGAUAUGCCAUAUCUGUUUGAUGCCUUAGGAUCUGCCUUCACGGUAGAUGAUUUACCAAAUGUGAAUAUUACCAAGGGACAAUGGUUAGACUAUCAAUUAUUAGAUAGUUUGUUCACAGAGAGUAACGAAACCAAUGUGACUGUUAGUUACAGUGCAGAUUGGUUGACAUUCAAUCAAGAUAAUACUACGUUCUUAGGAACUGUGCCCAAAGAUUUUGAUAAAAUCAGCGUUAAAGUGACCGCUACCAAUGAGUUUGACUCUGACGAGAAGAGCUUCAACUUCAUAGGUGUAAGUGGGAACAAAACGACUAAUAGUACUUCAAGCACAAGCAGUUCUUCAUCGAGCUCCAGCUCAUCGACUGCUUCUUCAACAUCCUCAUCUUCUGCUUCCCAUGGUUCUAAGAGUUCAAAGUCGUCGUUGACCAACAAGCAAAAGUUAGCAAUUGGACUCGGUGUCGGAAUCCCAGUAUUCCUCAUCAUCUGUGCUUUGCUACUCUUUUUCUGCUGCUACCGUCGUAGAAAUAACGACAAGAGAGAAAAAGAUAAGUUCUACGAUAAGCACAUCGUGCCAGUCAAGAACUUGGACUAUGAAAAGGGAGGUGCUGCAGGAGGAAAGAAGAAACGUAGAAAAGAUCAAGAACCUGAACUUGAUGGACCAGGCUUUGGUACUACUGUUGACAAUGAUGACCACGACGAAGAUCCUCAUCAAUUAUCCGCAUUAAACGUCUUGAAGUUGGAUGAAAAGAAGAAGGAUAAUUCUGAUUCCAAGAGUACCUCAUCUUCUUUGACUCAAGUUGAAUCUGAAUACAGUAAUUAUUUCGAUGCCAGCGAAAGACCGGUCAAGAGUUGGAGAGCAGGAGGAGAAGGAGACAAUGUUCUUGGAAACGCAUUGGGAUCAGCUACCUUGGGAGCCGCAGCCACAGCAGCUGCCGUUAAGUACAGUAAUAUGAAUGACGAAGACCACAACAAAAAUAGACAAUCUGUUGGUACAAUGAGUACUGUUAACACCGAAAACUUGUUCUCAGUUAGACUAGUAGAGGAUCAUUCUAACAGAGACUCAAACCAAUCAUCAUUCGGAUCUGGUGGCUUUGGUGGUCAACAAUAUUUAACUGAAACAUCUAUUAAUACUAUUUUGAAGAGAGAUGAAUCAGGAAAUAUCCAGAGAUUAGAUAGUGAUGGUAAUAUAGUUGACCUGAAUAUUCUGCCAAGAGAAGCAGCUUUAGAAGUUGCAGCAGGUUCAUCUGAGCCUCUCAAACCAAGAUUAUCAAGAUCAGCCUCUUCCAACUUAGACAUACUAGCGGAAGAAAACUCAAAGGACCGUAGCCACGAUGAGUCUACCAUAUAUCACAGUACCGGAGACAGAGAGCAUAGUGAAGCAGCAAAUACCACUAAUAACUCAACUAUACCCCAAAAUACCAACGAUGUUCAUACCGAGCACAGUUUUAACUUGCUUAGUAGAUUUAACAACUCUGCAUCUUCAUCUGCUGCCAACAGUGACCAACAGUUGAAUAGUAGGUUAUACGGUAGUGAGAAUAGUUUAGUAGAUGAAUUUAAGGCAGUUCAUAACGAUGACGGAGAAUUACAAUGGUCAGAAGCAAAUACCGACAGUCAAAAUAACUCAACUUCAUAUUUACAACAACAACAGCAACAACAUCAAAACGAAUUCAGCAAUGCAAACCACAGUAUGGAUGAUGAUAACCUUACUUCACAAAUUUCAGCCAUGAAAGAUCAAUUUCCAAAUAACUCAAACCCAGAAAUCAAUCACAGGUAUUCAUCUACCUCAUUGGGAAGAAAAGCAAAGCUCGUGGAGUUCACUAGAAAGGGUAGUUUAAGAGAUGCUGCAAAGCUCAGUAGCGAACAUAACUACUUCAGUGGUCAAACUGCUUACAUUCACGAUGAUGACAGCGAGUAG